CACUAUGUUCAGACGGAUGUUUAUAUUAACUAAUAGUGAAAAAGAGGUUAGGUUGUAAUCAAAUCGAGAAAUUUGAUUGUGUUCGAAACUUUAAGUGAUUUGCAAUAAAAAAGACAUGCCGAUAAAAUACAUUGGCCGAACAACCACUUUAAAAGGCAAACCUUUAUGGGAAAUUUUAGCAAAUUUAAAAAACCAUGGUGUAGGUAGAAUGGUAAUACGAUAUACAUUUCAAAGAUAUCCAGAACCAUGUUACAUGAGGAUAUUAAAAGUUGCUGCACUGCCAGAUACGUCUAAGCAUCCACAUGAUCCGCGGAAAGUACGAGUACUCGUUGAAAGUACUUUUCGCGGUAAAACUCAACCAACUCCAAGGCAAAUAGAUUCGGUAAGCUACAAACCAGAUUAUAUGCUAAUACCUAAAGAUGAGGAACAUCGGUACUUGAAUCACAUUCAACCACCAGUGAAAAUCCUUCCACGCACUGUAGAAUUUCCACCACUCUUGAAAGAAAUGUUGAUUCGUGAAGCAAAAAAAAAGAACACAACUCCAGUAUUGCACAUGCCAGCAAUAUAUAAUCUGAAAGGUAUAAAAAAUUAUAAAGUGGCCGAAGAAGGUGAAACACCUAAUGUUGAUGUAGUGAUGAGCCUGGGAACUCCAGCAACUCCACAUCUUUAUGCAGACAUUAAAUACGAUGAUUCAUCAUGAAUAUAUUCAUCAUUAAUAUAAGGUUUUGUGUAUAAGACAAUUUUACAAGACAUGAUUGUGCACUAGAAAUUCAACUUUUCAUUGAUGAAGUCUUUUUGAAUCAGAGUUAGCUUUUGUUCGUGUUGUUUUGUACUUGAGAAACAUUGAACGAUACUUUUCACAACGGAUUAAAUUUGGAUCUUCCAUUUCACCUGCCAAAAUAGUUUUUGGUAACCACAUUAAUGCUACAGA